AUGGUCUACCUCGAUUUUGACGGAUCAUCUUGUGGCGCUACCUUGAUUCAUCCGAAAUAUAUCUUGACGGCCGUUCACUGUGUUUACCGGAAACCACUUCCGAGAAUAAUUAUCGGUGCGCAUGAUAAAACAGAUGCAGGGAAUCUACAAGGAAAAGCGAAAAGGAUUAUUCUUUUUCCUCAGUUCUACAAACCAAUUGAUUACAACAACGACAUCGCCAUCAUCGAGCUCGAACAAGAAAUCCAAAUCACCGACCGCGUGCGACCAAUUUGCCUCCCUCCAAAAGACUCCUUUAUCAACCCUUCUGUCGAGGGAACAACAUGCGUCGCCGCUGGCUGGGGCAGUCUUUCUGCCAAGAAAACGAUUCUACCCGACAAGCUGCAUGAUGUGGACAUAGAACUGAUCGAGCGAGACACCUGUCUGCAAAUUCCGGGUUAUACGAAUCAAAUUUCGGAAAAGAUGAUUUGUGGCGGUCAUUUGGAAGGCGGCAAGGAUUCCUGUCAAGGCGACUCCGGUGGCCCCCUUAUGUGCCAACUAAGUGGUCCAGGUUCUCCAUGGGUUAUUUACGGAAUCACAAGCUGGGGAGUAGGCUGUGCGAGAGCGUAUACACCUGGAGUGUAUGUCAAAGUCUCUGUUUUUAUCGACUGGAUUGGAGAAGAGACGGGAGUGAAGCCUGGUUUGGAAGUUGGAAGUUAUAGAAAUUUGCUCCCUUUUGAACCAAAUGUCAAAACAAUCAAAGAAAUCCAAGAAGAAUCAGCGAAUCCACUUGCCAACGCAAAUUUCGCCUCUAGUUUUCAAUCCGAGGCAGACACUUGGGAGCUCCAGAAUCAUGUGAUUAGUCAGAAAGUCUGUGGUGGCGAGCUUUAUGGGCCUUCAGGAGUGAUUACUUCUGAUGGUUACCCUUAUCGAUAUCAACCGAAUCAGAGUUGCAAGUGGGUCAUUUCAGCGAGGAAUCCGGCUAAUAAAAUUGUUCUGAAGUUCAAAAUUCUCGAUCUCGAUCAUCCUCGCGAAUGCUUCCUGAACGACAACAUCCUGGUCUUCGACUCAAACAACCUCAUCAUCGGAACUGCCCAAUGCUACCUCGCUCCUCGAACAACUUGGACAGUUUCUUCAAAGGGCUUUCUGACGCUUUACUUCAACACGAAUCAGAAAGACGAGGGAACGGGCUUUAUGGUCGAGUAUCUCGAAGAAAGUGACAAGGAAGAAGAGCAUGAGAGGAAUUUGAUGGCGACGAGAACAUGCGAUGAAAACUGGCUUUUAGAGUCGCAUUCUACAGAUAUCAAACAAUUUUCAUCACCAGCGUGGAGCCUAAUUAUGGUCCUUAAUUUCGAUUCAAAAAAAUCAAAGAAGAAAGAGAUCGACCCUAUGUCGGUAAAAAAGCUCGAGCCUCCCUCUGUGUCGAAGAAAGAAAUAGAUUUUGAUCCAACAAACAUGUGGCAUAUUGAAGCAAUCACAGGGCCAAUCAAGUAUCACGACAGAAUUCUCAAGAAGACAGAGGAAAACGGUGUGGAGAAGAGGGUUGGUUUUCACUGCACUUUUGAGUCGGGAAAAUUGUGCAGAGAGUGGUCGGGGCUGGAUUUGAGGAUGCAGUAUUUUAUGAAACUGGUUAAGAAAGAAAAUGAAGAAGCUGAAGUUUAUGAUUUUACGAGCAUUCUCACUGGCCCACGAGUCGACCACACUCACAAAAGCAUCGGAGGCCGCUAUGUCGUGGCCAGCAUGAAUGAGGGAAGAGAAAACGACGUCUUUAUCCUUGCCUCUCCGACGAUCAAAUUCACCGAGCCCGUCUACUGCCUGAAGUACUGGUACCUCGCUUACGGAGAAGUAACUCGAGAGUUGAAAGUUACGCUUUUUUCCGCGACGAGUAAUGAUCGACAAGACCUUCGAACGACAUUUGAAAGAUCGGAAAAUGUGAUCGACUGGAAAUUUGCGCAAAUCAAAAUCGACGCUGUCCAUUUGACGGAACCACUUCAAGAAGCUGUUUUUGUUUUUCAUACAAAAAGGGGGGCCGAUUUUCGAUCAGACAUCGCCAUCGACGAUAUUCAACUGGAUCCAGAAGCUUGUCCACUUUUUCCAAUGCCGCCGCCGAAGACGACUCCGGCUCCAACUGGGCCCACUACUGCUUGGACUCCAGUCGCCCUAACGACAAAGGCGUUUGCAACGCGAAAACCCCUCCAACUCGCGAAGAAAUUCAAGCCAAUGGUUCACCAAUUCGCCUAUAACGACGCAGGAUUCCAGCCGCUCAGAAGACAAAAGCUACCGCCGACAAAAUAUGGCUGCGGAGAAGGGUACGUUCUUGAGCCGUUGUACGGAGUUUGCUGUGGAAACAUUCAUUUUUCAAAGUCAAAUGGGCCGAAAUGCUGUGAAUUGGAGGGAGGAAGUUUUAUGACAUAUCAACCGAGAAAACAAAUUUGCUGUGCUGGAAAACUUUUUGACUCUCGAAAAUUCGGCUGUUGCAACGAUCAAGCUUUUGAAAAACGGAGUCAAUUUUGCUGCGGCGAGGAAAUUCGAGAGAGAUCGGAACCAGAGCGCUGCUGUGUUUCCACUCUCGGGUGGAUAACUGACUAUAAUCCGAAAGAAAAGCAGUGUUGUAAGGGUUCUGUCGGAAGUCUUGACAGAGUUUGCUGCGGUGGUGAUUUGAUUCCUAACGACGAGAGAUGCUGCCAUCAGAGCGUUACCCCAUCUCCUUCUUGGCGCCUCAACGGCGUCCGUUACAAUCCUUCUAGCUCAAAGAGAUGCUGCAGAUCCCCUGACCUUUCAAAGUCGUUUCACAAGGCUGCCAUUCAAGAUAGCGAAGAAGAAAUCUGCUGCGCUGGAAACGUCGCAAGCAAGCGCGACAACAUCUGCAAAAUCAACGCCGUCGGGGAAGAGUACAUGAGUAGAAGAUAUCCGGACUAUUUCGUCGAUUUUAUAUUUGAAGAUCCCUCGGAAUUUAUUUUGGACCAAUUCAGAGGAACGAACUUUUGA